AUCUUGGAAGUUUUAGAAUAUACCCACCACAGAGCACAACUUUGGGCCGUGUUUGGCGUACAAAAAUAGAUUUUUAUUGUAUACUUUGAGACCCGAAGUCGGCGUCGGAGUACACGGCACAUCUCCGAAAUGGGUUCCGCAAUGGCACAAACUUCCGAUUUUUCGAUCCACCGCUUGUUUCCCUUGUAAUACGUUGUUUGUCUGAAAAACCUGUUUCUUUGGACGAUCAUUUUGAGGUAUUUUUUUCGAAAGCAACAAUCAAACAAUGGCCUCUCUGUUUCUUCGCCGGAGACUCUCACCAUCUCGUUCUAUCCUCAGCGAUUAUAGGGAGUCUGAUCGGCUUCCAUGGGGAUUGAAAUUUGGAACCUUAAGGCACUUCAGCAGUUCUGGAGUUGCUACACAAGUUGACUUUACAGACCUUACUCAGCCUCAUACAUGGUACCCAUGCGCUCGAAGAAAGAGCCGGAAUGUUGUUCUACAUGUUGGUCCUACAAAUAGUGGGAAAACACAUCAUGCUCUCAAGCAACUGGAGUCAAGUUCUUCUGGUGUUUAUUGUGGGCCGUUAAGACUGUUGGCGUGGGAGGUGGCAAAAAGGUUGAAUAAGGCAAAAGUUCCUUGUGAUCUAAUUACAGGACAAGAAAGAGAGGAAGUUGAUGGUGCACAACACAAGGCUGUGACUGUUGAGAUGGCUGAUGUGACCUCUGACUAUGAUUGUGCUGUUAUUGAUGAAAUGCAGAUGUUAGGUUGUAGGACAAGGGGUUUCUCAUUUACCCGUGCUAUAUUAGGAAUUUCUGCUAAUGAGCUUCACCUUUGUGGGGAUGCAGCUGCUGUUCCUCUGAUUCAAGAAAUACUUAAAGUGACUGGUGAUAAUGUCAAGGUUCACCACUAUGACAGGCUUUUACCUCUAGUUCCAUUGAAGGUUCCUCUUGGAUCUUUCUCUAAUAUAGAGACUGGGGACUGUAUUGUAACCUUUUCACGUCGUAUGAUAUACAGAUUAAAGAAACAAAUUGAAAAUGGAGGAAAGCAUCUUUGUUCUGUUGUUUAUGGUUCACUGCCACCUGAAACUCGAACGAGACAGGCAACAAUGUUCAACGAUGCAAGCAGUGAGUUUGAUGUUCUGGUAGCAAGUGAUGCCAUUGGGAUGGGUCUCAAUCUUAACAUUUCUAGAAUCAUAUUUUCAACAUUGAUGAAAUUUGAUGGUAUGGAACAUCGGCAGCUCACUAUCCCGGAGAUCAAACAGAUUGCAGGGAGAGCAGGCAGGUAUGGAUCCAAAUUUCCAUUUGGUGAAGUGACUUGUCUGGAUAGAGAAGAUCUACCUUUAGUUCAUUCGGCAUUGGAUUCCCCAUCUCCCAUUAUAAAGCGUGCUGGAUUGUUUCCCAACUUUGACCUAUUGUACAUGUUUUCCCGUUUACAUCCAGAUAAAAGCCUCCACCAGAUAUUGGAGCAUUUUGCGGAGAAUGCCAAAUUAUCUGCAAACUAUUUUAUUGCUAAUUGUGAAGAUAUGUUGAAAGUUGCUGCUAUAAUCGAUGAGUUGCCCCUCGGUUUGCAUGAUAAGUUCCUUUUCUGCAUUAGUCCGGUUGAUGUGAAUGAUGAGAUUUCGUUUCAGGGUCUCACCCAGUUCGCACAAAAUUACGCAAAAAAUGGCAUCGUCCGGCUUCGAGAAAUAUUUACACCAGGGACACUUCAGGUGCCAAAAACACCAACAGCCCUGCAGGAACUUGAAUCCAUACACAAGGUUUUAGAUCUGUAUGUUUGGUUGAGUUUUCGAUUGGAAGAUUCAUUCCCGGACCGUGAGCUGGCAUCUUCGCAGAAAGCACUCUGCAGCAUGUUGAUUGAGGAAUUUCUGGAAAGAUUCGGGUGGCAGAAGCCAAACGCAAGAAUAUUAGCACGUCGUACAAGCUUAAGCUCAAUAUUUGCCCCAGAUGUCCGGCAACAUGUGAAAUUUCUCAAAAAUAUCUAAGAAAUGUUUAUUCCACUGUUUGCGCUCCAUUUGCUGCAGCUGCUCUUGCAUUUGGGAGUACUGCUCUUGAGUCAUUUAUUUCGUCUCUUCUUGUAUAUUUUUCAAUUAUUUACUUCAGCAAUCAUUAUUUUUAUGAGUAAACUACCAAUAGGUCCUGAGCAUUGGACUUAAUUCUUAUAAAAUGUUGUUAAAAAUAAGUCUUAAUAAAAUUAUCGUUAAAAAUA